AAUACGGGGUGUUCCUAUACAUAGGGACCGCCCUCUGGAUGAAGCGGAGACAUUUACCACAGCAAUGUCAACCCAAUCCGAGGAUGGGGAAAUGCACGUUGCACGCUCCCUGUGUGGACCCAUCGCAGCACAGAAAAUAACGGUGUGAGUACUACGGAGCGAUGGCACCGCCGACUGAUGCGUCUUCAGCACAGCCUCAAGGAUCCCAGGAAAAAACGCUCAUGGCAAUUUAAAGAAACAUUGAUUUUGCAUAUUUGAAUGCAUCGCAUCAAGUCCGCUCACGCCACCAAAUCGUGAUUGGAGCUGAUUUAUCUGAUGAUGGUUUUCUAGAACAGACUGUUCCAUCACAACAGAGACUGAAGAUCCGAUCCAUCACCGGUGCUUUAUUAGCAAGUCCGUCACAGUGGUGCUAAUAUUCUCUUCUCGACAUCGGAAUAAGAACAUCUGUGAUUCUCAGGAGCCAGCUGCACCAGCUCUAAAGUAUUCGAGCAUCCUUCCGCCAGUGUGCAUCAUCAUCAUCAUCAUCAUCAUCAUCAUCGCGCCCUGCAGCUCCAUCGCAAGAGGGAGGAUCCGCAGAGGAGCUCUCUGGGCAACACUACACACACAUUCAGAGGAUGCUUUGGAUGUAAUAUAAAUAACGAUGGGGAAAGAUCAGGAAUUACUUCAAGCGGUGAAGACUGAGGACCUGAUGACGGUGCAGAAGCUCCUGCAGAGGCCCAAACCUGGGAAAGCAAAGUUGCUGGGUUCUGCCAAGAAGGUGAACGUCAACUUCCAGGAUACUGAUGGAUUUUCACCACUACACCACGCAGCUCUCAAUGGAAAUGUGGAGGUUAUAUCGCUGCUGCUGGAGUCUCAGGUCAUAGUGGACAUCAGGGACCAGAAAGGCAUGCGGCCUCUGCAUUAUGCAGCUUGGCAGGGAAAGUCAGAGCCCAUGAAGUUGCUACUGAAGUCAGGCUCCUCAGUGAACAGUCAGUCUGAUGAGGGUCAGAUCCCCCUGCACCUGGCUGCUCAGCACGGACACUAUGACGUAUCUGAGAUGCUUCUGCAGCAUCAGUCGAACCCCUGCAUAGUGGACAAUGGUGGGAGAACUCCAUUGGACCUUGCUUGUGAAUUCGGCCGGGUUGGGGUGGUCCAGCUGCUACUGAGCAGUAACAUGUGUGCAGCUCUAUUGGAGCCCAAGCCCGGAGAUUCGACUGAUCCCAAUGGCACCAGCCCGCUGCACCUCGCUGCCAAGAACGGACACAUCGACAUCAUAAGAUUGCUGAUCCAGGCUGGGAUCGACAUCAACAGGCAGACCAAAGCGGGCACUGCCCUGCACGAGGCUGCGCUGUGUGGGAAGACGGAUGUGGUGCGCCUCCUGCUGGAUAGUGGCAUCAAUGCAACAGUGAGAAACACAUACAGCCAGACAGCGCUGGACAUCGUCUACCAGUUCACUGCUACACAGGCCAGCCGGGAGAUCAAGCAGAUGCUACGAGGUAAGAAAAACGAUGCCUCAGCAGCCUUGCAGGUCAGGGCACUGAAGGACUACAGUAACAAUUACGACCUGACUAGCCUUAACAUAAAGGCUGGAAAUGUCAUCACGGUUCUGGAGCAACAUUCAGAUGGGAGGUGGAAGGGCUGCAUCCACGAUAACCGCACAGGAAAUGACAGAGUGGGCUACUUCCCCUCCAGCUUGGUAGAAGUGAUCAGUAAGAGGCCUGGGACUGCGGGUAAGAGAGGACAACAGGCGGGUUCAUGGAGUACAGUCACUUGUACCCAACAGUAUCAAAAGAUACGGCUCUGUGCGCCGGUGUGCGGCCCUGUGUCGCCCGCCGUUGCCAUGGUGAAUGGGGACUCGUAUCAUGAGAUUCAUAUCCUGCCGCCUCCUCCACCUCCGCCACCACAUUCCCAUCUGCCACUUUUCACUUCCUUUGGCUAUAACAGGUCCCCAAACACCUCAGGAGAGCCGCACAGUGGACAAGAGACAAAGAAUGACCAAGAUUUGGCUAGUUCUCGCGGCUCAGAGUCCAGUCCACAUGGCUCACCCACCCCAGCCGGUGGUCCCCAAGGUGGCAGCAGCGAGGAGAUCUGGGUGCUGCGCAAGCCUGUGGCAGGUGGAGACCGCAGCAGUGUGGGCAGUUCAGGCAGCGUGGCCAGUGCCCGAUCUUCUGGUAGUGGACAGAGCGCAGGAAGCAGCAAUAUUCUUCAUGCACAGGCAGAGGGAGUCAAGCUUCUGGCCACGGUUUUGUCCCAGUCUGCCAAAGCUAAAGAACACCUGCUGGAGCAGACCAAGUCUUUGGAUCACCCCUCUCACGCUUCCAGCAACAAGGGAUCCUCCUCACGCAGUCAGAGUUUAUCAAGCUGUCCACUUCAUGAGCAGCCGUAUGGGGAGGCGGUGUCCCAGAGGAAAGGGGAGGCACUGCCUGAGAUGAAGAGCUCAGAGGCUGUUAUCGAAUGGCUGAGCGAAUUUCAGCUGCAGGUCUACGCUCCAAACUUCGUCACCGCCGGCUAUGAUAUUCCUACCAUUAGCCGAAUGACCCCAGAGGAUUUAACAGCUAUUGGGGUAACCAAACCAGGACAUCGAAAGAAGAUAACCACAGAGAUCAAUAAGAUCACUGUUAAUGAGUGGCUUCCUGACAAAAAACCGGCGAAUCUUGGAGAGUGGUUAGCUAUGAUUGGGUUGAGUCAAUAUCACCAAGUCUUAGUCCAAAAUGGAUACGAAAACAUUGAGUUUAUUACUGACAUCACGUGGGAGGACCUUCAGGAGAUUGGCAUUUCAAAACUUGGACACCAGAAGAAGCUUAUGCUUGCAGUGAAGAAGCUGGCAGAGAUCCAGAAGGCCUCUGACGGUCGCAAUACACUGCGUAAAAAGCCCCCAGCCACUCAGGAGGUGAUGGCUAUUGAGAGCCCACCCCACGACAGCGGAGAGUGUAUGUCCCCUAAAAUGAGCACUUUCCAGGACGGUGAACUGAGUGGGGAGUUACAGGCUGCUCUUACACGCCCUGUUGAUGUGCAGGAUGUCUCAGAAAUGAGAACCAACAGCAGUCUGGGAGCACAACAUCGAGCCCACAGUCUGCAUGAGAGCAGUAUGAACAAGAGCCGAGACACAGAGGAGCCUAGUGGGCCACCCAAAAAGGAAGCACGUACCAUGCGCCAGAGCAGCCAGGGGGGCCAGAGAAGUGUCUCAUCGGCGCAUGCAAAACCACGUCAGUCUUAUCCCCAAGGGACAGGACCACCCUAUACUCCUCCACAAACGCCCACCAAAACAAAACCUCCCACCUCACAGACCAUAAGCAACGCACCAGGUAAACAAAAACCUAGUUCUCAGCUGCAUCAGCAGACUGAAAAGCCCAUGACACCUCGUGCUCAUCCCCAAUCCCCCACUCAAAGGUCCCAUUCACACCCAGCUGCCCAGCUUGUGGAAACUAUGGAAGCUGCACCCCAAGGACCUGCUGUCUCAGUACCACUUCUGUGUCUGCCUCCAGAAGGCAAUGAAGCCUGCGAUGAGUACGGUCUGCCUAAGAAACGUACCCACAGCCUGAAUCGCUAUGCUGUGUCUGAUGGUGAGCAGGAGCGGGACGAGCUAAAUGUGCCAGAUUUAGGAGGAAAGUAUGCUACAGUACAGCACCGGGUGGUUCGCAGCAACUCAAUGAAAGGGCAGGCAGACAAAAAUGUCAACCGAAGCCAGUCCUUUGCACUCAGACAGAAGAAGAAAGGUCCUCCUCCACCUCCCCCCAAACGCUCUAGUUCAGCCAUCUCAAGCUCCAGUAAUAAUCUGACAGAAGUGCCCAAGGAGAUGAGCAGUGGACCACUUCUGGAGGUUCCCUACCAACCACAAAGACGUGCAAGUGACCUGGGUGGCACUGUAGACUCGGGGAGUGCUGGUAGUGUUAGGAGUAUUGCGGCUAUGUUGGAAAUGUCCUCCAUUGGUGGGGGUCCCAAGGGUCUUGCUUUACAGAAAUCUGCAGGCCACUAUCUCCAGGUGGGUUCUGCAGUAGCAAAGCAGCGUGAUGCCAUUGGACUGGAUGGAGAAGUAGUGAACCGUCGCAGGACUAUUAGUGGGCCUGUCACUGAGUUAGUAGCAGCUGCCAAGCGAAGACCACAGCCGGAGCCAGUCCAGGAUAGACAACGCAAUGAAACACAGCCAAGCUCUAGUGGGAGCUCAGCAGAGAACCUUCCAUUUGCUGAGGAUGGAAACCUCACCAUCAAACAAAGACCUAGACAGGGCAAAGAUGAGACUGAGGAGGGACUAGAAAUGUCAUACUCUUUACCCCAGGAGAAUCCUUCACGUGUGGAUGCCACAGCCUCGCUGAAAAGGAGCACCAAGCAGCAACCAAAUGGCACCAAGUUCCAUCUCACAGAGUCAAAUACAGUUAAGCGCCGCCCAAAGAGCAAAGACAAAGAUACAGAAGAAGUUCAGGAUGGGCAGAUGCCUGUACCAUAUGAGAAUGGGACUGGCACCAUUAAAAGGCGCCCUGUGUCAGAGGUGACUGUUUCAGAACAGCCCAGGCCACAGGAACAUCCUGAGAACUCACCCCGUCGAGACAGUGCAGACCUGGAAGGCCAUGUUACUGAGAGUACCCCUCGUAAGUCCAUCAAACCUCCGGUGUCCCCCAAACCUGUUCUGGCCCAGCACAUGAAGAAACAAGGACCACCGGCUGCCAUCACCAAGAAAGCCCCAUUUCCUGGACCAACUGGGGCACCUGGCAGCCCAGGUACUACACAGUGUGGCCCUUUCACUUGCCCUGUCUUUACACAAUUAUUUGAAGGAAAGAAAGUACCUCCUCCAAUUUUACCAAAACCUACACCUCCACCCACAGCUCCCAAACCAUCCAAAAAUGUUCUGCAGUCUUUAAAUGCAACACCUAACCCCACUCCAACACCCUCUCCAGUCAAGCAGACUGUCACCAGAAUAGCAAGCACAGCUUCUGCCCAGAACAACCACCCUGUCAAGGCUACAACCCCACCAGCCUUGAGUGCGCAGAUCCCACACACACCCCAGUCUCCUCACACCCCACAGACACCUCGGACACCCCAAACCCCACAGACACCCCAAACUCCCCAAACCCCACUGACACCCCAAACUCCCCAAACCCCACAGACACCCCAAACUCCCCAUACAUCAGGUCCCCCAACUCCCACCCCUACACCCCCACCUGUGAAGCCCCCUCGCUCUUCAAUCAGUGGGGUGUCCAUGGACAGUUCAGCUGGAUCAGCGUUUGUCGCAGGGGUAGUGACAGUAGAUGCAGUGCACCAGAAGAUAGAGGAGACCAGUGCCUCGCUGGCUGCAGCCCUGCAGGCAGUAGAAGAGAAGAUCAAGGAGGAUGGGCAAAAAGACUCAUUGGCUGAAAACAAGAGCACAGUGAGCAUCCUAGACGACAUCGGCAGCAUGUUCGAUGACCUGGCCGACCAGCUGGAUGCCAUGCUGGAGUGAAGAGCACAGCCUGUGUCUAUGUGGCACAACCUCAGGGCCCCGGGAGAGCACAAGGGCACAAUGACCAACAACAUACCCACCUAUCCCUUCCUAAUCCUCAACUCUGGCUCCUCUCACCCCUCUUUUCUCCUCCCUUCCCCAUCACCAUAAAACACCUAUCUCUCCUCUCUCCCUCCGAGUUGGUUUGCACAAACCCAAGCUGAUGUACCUCAGGACUGGGCAGAAAGCCAUCCAGGGCUUUAAAAAUCAAAGACAGAGCAGAGGGCGGAGAACAGAGGCUAGGUUUUAAUACAUAAAGCUCAUCUCUCUGUCUAUGGAAUAUCGCUAUCUACCAUGAGCAAUGACUAGUAAAAUAAUAUGAAAACAAUAAUAACUGUAUAUGAAAUAAUAGUAUGGUAUGUGUAUAUUGUAAGCAUGAGGGAAGUUUGUAUCUGUAAAGAAAAAAAUCUCAUAGUGAGAGUCAUGCAUUAGUACAGUUAUAUAUAUAUAUAUAUAUAUAUAUAUAUAUAUAUAUAUAUAUAUAUAUAUAUAUAAAUAAAUAUAAAUAUUUUAUGUUUUUAUUUCAUGUUCAAUGGUACAUACAGUGUUGAAACAUUAAGAAAUCUAUCAACUUUGAUGACAGAUAUGUGGAUUUUUCUACGACUGUAUUUAAGUUUAAAAAAAAAAAUAUAUAUAUAUAUAUAAUAAUAAGGCUGGCUUAAACAUCCUGUAUGUUUGGCUGUGCUCUGCUGAAGAGUGUUGUGGGCUGUGUUGAAUGUAGUGAAGUGACUGAAGUGGCUGUUUCACCCCCUGCUCUGUGCUUGCUCUGGGCUCCUGAUCUGUGCUGUUGUGACCCUUUAUGUUUCCAUUCACUUUCUGCCUGUGUGAACUCAUACAUUCCUGCUCCUGCACAGUCUUCUUCCUUCAUCUGCCCUCAUCAUGUGCAGUGUCCUGUGUGCCUUAACAUGAGAGGUGACCUCAGUGCUGAUAACACACAAGCAAACUGGUUCAAUCUGAGAAAGGUCCUGUGUUCAUAUGGGAGGCAUUGCCUUAAGCAAGUAGGAAAGGAAGGGGCUGUGUGUUCUGAUUUUGUGAGGAGUAAUUCUCAUCCUUGGAAAUCUCCAUUCUUCAGUCAUCUACAGCAAGGUUAUAUAUAGUUUAGGCCUUGAAGUCAACAGGAAUUGCUGGUUUACUUCCAUGCUGUGAUGCAUUUCCAGACAAAACAGGAUAUGCAAGGAAAAAAUGUACAGUGGGACUAUAUGGUGAAGGUAGGCACUGAAAACUAGAAUAGCUAUUGGUUAGCAUUAUGCAAUAGCCUGAGUGGCCUAAGUAAAGUGCAAUGAAUGAAUUGUUCACAAUAAGACCAGGAUCACGCAUUUAGAAAGUAAAUAGAGUUUUGUUGGCUUUUACUAUAUGAGUGACCUCAGAAACACAGGCAAGAACAAGGUAGAGGGGUCCAUUGAUGGUUGACGGUUUGCAGAAUGUGGUAUGUCAGGAAGCACAAAGUGAGGAAGUUGCAAAUGUGUGUGUAAGUGGCAUAACUUAAAACUUAAAAGAAACAUGCAAGGAUGCUGCAGACUGACAGUGCAGUGAACUAACAAGGAUUUCACAAAUGUUGAUGUGGAUUGAUGCUCAGCAUUUCCACCUACCCAAGGAAUCUUCUUAGCUUAAGGCUCUGAGUUUGGACAGGUGUAGUUCCAUUGGAAGCCUGCAUGCAGUCUAAUCUCAGCACAUCGCUCAGUGGCUGUUUAAGGGUGUGAAUGUACCAUGGUGUGCCUGCUUUUUGCAUUCUCUCCAAAAUCAUCCAGACAGAUGUCCUUAAUGACCAAAGUAAAAGCUCCAGUCCAGUUUAGCAUGGGUCCAUAACUUAUUCUGAAUAACAUAGCAUUAUCUAGGUUAAACAUAUUCACUGAGAAUCACAUUAAAGUAACUUUAUAGGGACAUAUAUUGAGGGUAGGCUAUGCACUGCUUUUACAUUUAUUUGGUUUGGUCUCUGUGGACAAGCUGUGGGGAGUGCAGUUCGCUCUUAUGACAGCACCGGUCACAACGGAACCUCUUGCAAGCCUCUGAAUGUCAUUAUCUCAUUGCCAGCAAACUCACAGUCUAUCAUUAUCUUUAACCAUCUUUGUUGCCAUGACAAUCUGCCUGCUCAUUAUUAGAAUUGUCACAGUAUCAAAAUGAUCUUAAAUGUAAUUAAAGAAAGGGCCCAAAGGAAGGGGACAGAAGCAAGAAAAGUAGUUGUGUAGGUCUCACAAUGUUUUAAACACCUUCAGUAGCUCCAUAUAUGCUUAAUCCCUUCUCCGGUUCUCAGAAGAAUAUUUGUAAUAUUUAAUUUAUGAACAGAAAUUAUUCUAGAUGUUUUCAGGAAGUAUUUAAUGAUGAAGCAUCAAGAGGGCUUGUUGAUAAAACUGCUAAUAUUUAAGAUAAAAGUUUAAAUUGUCUUCUUGGCUCUUAAAAAGUAUUUUAAAUGAAUUGUAAAUGGUCAUUUUUUUAGAACUCAAGUUUUCUUUUUUAAGGUAGCUUUUUUUGAUAAGUUUUUUGACUGCCAUGUCUUCAGAUGAAAUAAGUUGUAUAUUAUGCAAAUGUUAUGUUUAAAAAAACAACAACAUGUAUGUGCCUUGCUUUAGUUCUUUUUGUCUUUCAUGUUUAAACAAUGCGUUGAGGAUAUGUUGCUGGUCUUUUUCCAUCAGAUGUUCAGAAUUAUAUCCCUUUAUGUUGCGGUCUGCUCUACGGACAGAGCUCAGAUGUCUGGCAUGGGAAUUGGAUUUAUAAAAGCUUCAUCAUGCUUAUCGCUUCAAAGGACUGGGUGUCGAUCCGGUGUUAAUUGAAUUGUUAUGGCCCUGCCCCCCCGUGUAUAUAGCUAGAUGUUUGUCACUGUGAAUCUUCAUUCAGUUAUUUUCUUCACUUUAAAGUUCUCAUUGUCAUUUUCUUAUUGUCAUGUUUGCUUUUUUUUUCUUUCGUCUUUUUUAAUACCAGAGAAGAAGAAAAAAACUGAAAAAUUAUGAAAUUCUGAAAACACUGAAGUCAAACUUAUUGUUGGUGCAAGAUGUUAUUUAAUAAUGAAAGCUGUUUUCAAUUCCAUCCUUUUUGCAGACAUUUCAAAAAGAAAAAAGAAAUCUGCACUGAUCAGUGUGUGCAGGCUGUAUAUUGUGUUGAUGUUCUGCCAUUGACUUGUAUGAUACCUGCUGUGACUGGCAUUAGGAACAGUGGUGUGCUUGCAGUGACUGCAUCAACAACCACCUGCUCUAAAUAAAACAUUAUAUAGAAACAA